GUCGUAAGUGUGACGUCGUGAGCGUCGUGACUUGUGACCGUGUCAGUCCGUCAAACCGUGUAUCGUCGUGCUGAUCGUGCACCGUCUCGUACGAAAUGACGACCAUAAGAAUGUAAUUCUCUUCGUACGAGCGAAUAAUUUUACUUAUAUUCACGUUCUGCUGCAGUGUCAGUAACUGUGAAACAAGCCUCGCAAAUUCUGUAUAGUAAUAGAUUAAUUAAGGAUUCCGGAAUUCAUAUUCUGCUUCCUCGACGGUGCCUAAGGUUACUCGCAAGAAUAGUGAAAGUAGUUCUGGCGUCUUUGACCUAAUUAAAGUUCCUUUUGUCCAUUUGGAUAGAAUGUUCUUUUGUCACAUUCCAAAGUAGAAUUUAUUCGUUACGUAAUAAUAAUUGUCAUUUAUGAUAUCGUGUCGCGAUCGACGUGGAGAAGAAUAGGAAUUUAAAUUACCGCAAUGACGAGCACGGACACACGUGACGUAAUCCGAGUUGGAUCUCGGAAAAGCGAGUUGGCUCUGAUUCAAACGAAACACGUGAUAGAAUGCUUAAAGGAAUACAAUCCGACGAAAGAAUUCCAAAUAGUCACGAUGUCGACCAAAGGAGAUAAAAUCUUAGAUAAAUCUUUACCAAAGAUCGGGGAGAAGUCGCUGUUUACGGAGGAGUUGGAACUAGCUCUCGAGAGCGGUCGUGUUGAUUUUGUGGUGCAUUCGUUGAAAGAUUUGCCAACGACUUUACCAGCAGGAAUGGCUUUGGGCGCAAUAUUGAGACGCGAGGAUCCACGCGACGCGGUCGUUAUGUCGAAGAAGUACAAAGACAAGACGUUGUCCACUUUGCCAAAGGGCAGCGUCGUUGGUACCAGUUCGUUACGCAGAUCUGCUCAAUUAGCUAGAAACAUGCCGCACUUAAAAGUGGAGAAUAUCCGUGGUAAUUUAAAUACACGAUUGAGGAAGUUGGACGACGAGGACGGUCCCUUCGCGGCGAUCAUUUUGGCAGCUGCCGGAUUGAAGAGAAUGAACUGGGAGAACAGAAUAAGUCAGCUGUUAGAACCGGAAGAAGCGUUGUACGCCGUCGGCCAAGGUGCCUUAGGAGUCGAAUGCAGAGAAACGGACUGGAAGAUACUGUCUCUUUUGGAACCGCUGCACGACGUAGAUACGACCUUAAGAUGCGUGUCCGAACGUUCUUUUCUAAAAACGUUGGGCGGUGGUUGUUCGGCACCAGUUGCCGUUUCCACAACCUUACAAGAGAAAACUCUGACCAUAACUGGCGCCGUAUGGUCAUUGGACGGACAACAAUUGAUCAAAGAUACGUUCAAGAGUAAACUUUACAUACCCGAUGACGAUGGAGAGCCUCCGAAGAAAUGUCCGUAUCGAGAACCUAAACUUUACUGCAGUGUCGCACCUGGCAAAGUGAGCUAUUUGAGUCUAACGGGUGCAGAACUCCUUGGUAAAGAUCUCGCGAAAAGUCUUAUAAAGAAGGAGGCGCUCGAUGUGAUGGCUCAGGCGAGAAAUGAAAUUUUACAAUCGAAAUAGCGCGGAAAAAAUUAGUUUUGUUGAUGAUAAAUACGAAUUCUAGGCGUAAGUAAAAUUUCGUUUCGGUAUUCCAUUAAUUUAAGCAAGAAUCCUAGAGCAAUUAUUUAUGAAAGAAAUCCGGUAUGUUUCUCAUAAUUUAAUGAGAUCGCUGUUAUGAUCGUUAUUCGUUAUCGUUAUCUCGCAAAUAUUAUUUCACUGCCAUGCGUAACAUUUACGUUAAAGAAAUCUCGUGCUAUUUACAAUGAUUCACAAAGUUCAACGUAUUCGAAUAAAGUCACGAUUGAGCAGCUACGCUUCGAGUUUGCUUACAAACGUGUAAAUAUAGUUUUUUACGAAAAAUAUCAUUAUCAAGAAAACUAUCAAUCAUGUUACAAUGAGAUAUAUGUUGAAAGAAUAUUAUUUACAUUUAACGAAUUUACGAAAUAUAUU